AUGGGACCUCAAAAACAAGGUGUGUACACUUUAACCGUUAAUGAUCUUUUGUUGCCUAAUGUUAAACAAUGGAAUAUGCGAGUUUUAUGCGAUUUGUUUGACUAUUCAGUUGUCAGAGAUAUCUUACGUGUUCCAUUGGCAGAAGUGGUGCAGGAAGAUUGCUUGGUUUGGAAAGAAGAUGUUAACGCUCCAACCAGAGUAAAACAUCUUAUUUGGAGAAUUUGUAGUGACUGUCUCCCGUCAAAGACGGCAGGACUUCUCGAUAUAUUAUCCCCCCGUCUCCAAACUUUUCAUGAUAUCAAAUCCCUUAUCCUUGACAUUUGUACUAAGGAGGAUAGGAAAACCGCGGGGAGAGUUGCGGUUAUGCUGGAAGGUUUAUGGAAGAAUAGGAACGACUUUGUUUGGCACAAUGAGAAGGAAGACGCAUCGAAGCUUGGUUGGCUGGCCUUCCAUAGGUUGCAAGAGUGGUUUCUAGCACAAAAUCUUCCGGAAACGAAUUCAGAUAUCAGAGAUUUGGUUAUUUGGAACCCUCCCUCUUUUGGAUGCUUAAAAUUUAAUGUUGAUGUCGCCUUUAAUCAACGUGUCGGGACUACGAAUCACGGUUGGUGCAUUCGUAAUGAUCAUGGUGACUUUGUAGCUGCAGGUACUGCUUGGGAUAAUUGCACCUUCUCCGUGUUGGAGGCGGAGGCAUUAGCCAUUAAGGAAGCUAUCCAAUCUGCCACUACACUUCAUAACAUACCGGUGAUUUUCGAAAGUGAUUCCCAACAGGUGGUCAAAGCCCUUAGUUCCAGUUCGAGCGGUAAUUCGGAGUUUUAUUUAAUUAUUAAAUCCAUUAAGUUGUUAUUACUAGAGUUCCCUAACUUUGAGGUUAAGUUUAUAAAGCGUCAAGCGAAUAUGGUUGCUCACACCUUAGAUAAGGCGGUCAAUUCAUGA